UUUUUUAAACGUACAAAACAAAAUUAAAUAAUUUUGUUUGCCAACAACUUUUGAAACAGUUUGAAAGCAUUCUCUGAACAAUUCUACAAAAUCAUAAACCUGAAAAUCUUUACUAAACAAUGUCCCCUUCCGGCGAGGCCAACGCCCUUUGCCGUGUUUGUGCCGUCCCGUUCGAGCCCAGCACCAUGUUCCGGCUGUUUAACGAGCGGAAUGACCCACUGCCCAUAGCGGAAGCCUUCUGGAGAGUGUCGGAAAUCGAAAUCCAGGUGGAUGAUUCAAGAUUUCCGCAAAGUUGUUGCAUCCGGUGCCGGGACCGGUUGCAGGAAGUGGAGGAUUUGAGGGUGCUGUGCCUGGAAUCGGACCGGAAGUUGCGCAAAAUGAUUGACUUGAGGAAGAAAGACGGAGAUAUCGAAAUGGGGGACACGGACGCGAUUGCCAAGGUGGAGUUGGUUGAAGCUUACGAACCUGAGUCGUUCUGGGAUGAUAUGGAAGAUAGAUUUGAAUCCAGCGAGGAGGAAAGCAAAUCGAAAGAUUUGCCUGGAAUUGAGUCAUCCCGAAGGAGCAGUCACAGAAUGAAAUCUGAAAUGAAAUUAUCUGACGAGCAAUUGAAGGAAUCAGAUUCUGAUAAGGAUACUAAUAACGGAAAUGAUUCGGACUAUGAUCCAGAUAAUGAAACAGUUAAAUACAAAAAAAGGCGAGGCAAGAACAAGCCUAGAAAGAAACGAGAACCUAAACCACCAAAGGCUGACAAUGACAACGAACCGCCUAAAGAGAAGCCGCCGAGAAAACCCAAAUCGUUCCAGUGCCCCUGGUGCGGCCGAAUCUUCAAGGCCAGCAGAAACCUCAGAGAGCACGAAACGAGCCACUUCCCGGACAGAAAGAACCACAAAUGCCCCAUCUGCUCGCAAGAGUUCGCCCGUCGAAACUACUACCUUCGACACAUGAAAAUGCACCAAACGGAGAACCAAUUCAAAUGCAAUGACUGUAACAAAGCGUUCAGUUUCGAAAAGCAGCUGCAGGAGCACAUCGGCGUGACGCACCGCCGCGAGCGUUCCCACCAGUGCAAACAAUGCCCCAAAACGUACCUAACCGCUGCGGCGUUGUACAGUCACGUGCAAGCGAUCCACAAGCAAAACUUCCGCUUCAAGUGCGACGUCUGCUUCCGAUCGUUUCUAACGAGUACCGAUCUGGAGCGGCACAAGGAUCGGCACCGGGGCAUCAAAAAGAGCGCGUGUCCGCACUGCGACAACAAGUACGAGUCGAACAACUACCUUAGGCAGCACAUUGCUGAGAGACAUCCGGAAACGCUGGAAAAGCUGUCGCGGUGUCAGUACUGCGGGCUGGGCUACAACACGAACAGUCACUAUCGGCAGCACGUGGCCAAAAAGCAUCCGGAACACUUAACGGAGCUCGACCAGUGGUUGAAAGCGAAGCGGGGUAUCUUCCUGCAAGUGUCUGGAAUCGCCAUCCAGGUUGGGGAUUCUAAACUUCCCAAAUGCUGCUGCCAACGAUGCCGGAACCGGCUGCAAGAGGUGGAAGAUUUGAGGACGUUGUGCCAGGAAUCGGACCGCAAGUUACGCAAAAUGAUUGGCAUUACGGUAAAGGAGGAGGAAGAAAGUGAGGAGCUAUAUGGAAAUGACGGUCGUGCGAUUCCGAAAGUGGAAAUGCUGGAACUUGAUGAAUCUUACUCUCACUGGGAUGACAUGGGGAAUCAGUUGGAUUUUGACGAUGGCCGGAGGGAAUGUGAUGAUGAUGAUAAACCGUUUGAUAUGGAAUUCGGCAAGCGAACCAUAUUUAUCUUGCACGUUAAACGACAUGAAACGGAGGGAAAAUUCAAGUGCAGCGAAUGUGAAAAGGCAUUCCAUACGGAAAAGCUGCUCAACCAGCACAUUCAGAUUAGACAUCGUGGCGAACGCCCUUUCCACUGCAAGUUAUGUCCAAAAACGUAUCCUCGUGCAUCUUCGUUGUAUGUGCACGUCCAGACAUUCCACGAGAAGAUUAGGAAAAAGAUAUACAAAUGUGAUAUUUGUACAAGAUCGUUCGUGAAUCGACACGGUUAUGAACGUCACAUGAACAGCCAUCAAGGCUUGAAACUCAAUCAAUGCCCCCAUUGUGGUAACAAGUACGAGUUUAGGGCGUAUCUGCUGCAGCACAUUGCCGAGAAACAUCCGGAAAUGGUGCCGAAUCUCACCCGGUGUGAAUACUGUGGCGUGGGAUACAGCACGGAUGGAUACUACCGGAAACACAUCGUCAAGAGACAUCCGGAGCAUUUGGCAGUGUUUGAUCAGUUGAUGAAGGCAAAACGAGAAGCGAUACUAGCGGGAAUGCCGUCGACAACUGUUACGAGUCAGGAAACCGGUGGUUCUUUCAGUUAAAGCUGUUGUCGUUAUAGUGGUAUACGCACUUCGGAAGGAACCGGUCAAGAAAAGAAAUCAAAUGGGCAGCAGCGGCAGUGAAAGCAAGCCAGAGAGGGUGAAGAAAAGCUCCAAGAAAUCGUUGCCGCUCCUUGUUCUACUGUUCGUAAAGCUGUUUCUUGACCCCUUUCCUUCCGAUCUGCGUACUAGCCUUAUAGGUAAAACCAACAGGUUAAAAUGCAUUAAGCCCAAAAGUUAUGCCGGUAUAAUCUUGAAGAAAACAAUAUGCUCUCUUGUUCACUUUCUUACCCAGUUUGUCUUCUGAGAAAAAUUCAGUUUAUAAAUAUUUAGAUUACAAUAAUUUUAAUUUUUAUGAGUGGCUAAUGUAAAUUUUAAAAAUUGUUCCAUUGCUAGUUAUGUUGAAA